AAAAGCGGGGGAAGGCAGGUCCGCCCUCCGUCCCCUGCCCCUCUGCCCCAGCCGGCUGCGGCCGCCGGACCGUCUGCGUGAGGCGGACGGCUGGCCCGGCGCGGGGCUGAGAGGAGCGGGCUAUGAGGGAGAGCAGCCACGCGCUUCCCGCCCGGCGGGCGCUGCGGCUGCCGCGCGUGACGUCACCGCGCGUGCGUGCGUGGGUGGGUGGGGGCGUGCCGGGGGCAGGGGCUGCCGCGCCGCGCCCGCCGCUCGCCCGCCCGCCUGUCAGGGAAGAGGAUGGCGGAGAGCGAGGCCGAGACCCCCAGCACGCCCGGCGAGUUCGAGAGCAAGUACUUCGAGUACAAUGGGGUGCGGCUGCCGCCCUUCUGCCGGGGCAAGAUGGAGGAGAUCGCCAAUUUCCCGGCACAGGCUUGCUACAGGAAGUGGUAUAUCUAGUGAGUCAGGGAGCUGAUCCAGAUGAGAUUGGACUAAUGAAUAUAGAUGAACAACUUCCAGUCCUAGAGUACCCUCAGCCUGGUCUGGACAUCAUCAAGGAACUGACGUCUCCUCGUCUCAUAAAAAGCCACCUACCAUAUCGCUUUUUGCCUUCGGACCUCCAUAAUGGCAAUUCAAAGGUAAUAUACAUGGCUCGCAACCCCAAAGACCUGGUGGUGUCUUAUUACCAGUUUCACCGCUCCCUAAGGACCAUGAGCUACAGAGGAACGUUUCAGGAGUUCUGCAGAAGGUUUAUGAAUGACAAGUUAGGAUAUGGUUCGUGGUUUGAACAUGUGCAAGAGUUUUGGGAACAUCACAUGGAUGCCAAUGUACUUUUUCUCAAGUAUGAAGAUAUGCAUAAGGACCUAGCAACGAUGGUUGAGCAGCUGGUGAGGUUCUUAGGAGUUUCUUAUGACAAAGCACAGUUGGAAUCCAUGGUGGAACAUUGCCAUCAACUCAUUGAUCAGUGCUGUAAUGCAGAAGCACUUCCCGUUGGCAGGGGACGAGUUGGGCUAUGGAAAGACAUCUUCACUGUUUCAAUGAAUGAGAAAUUUGAUUUAGUUUAUAAACAGAAGAUGGGAAAAUGUGACCUCACAUUUGAUUUUUAUUUAUAAAAAAUGCAUGCAUAUGAUAUCAAAUAUAGCUAGAAGUGCUUUAUGCAUUCAUUUAUUACCUGCUGGACAAACUACUGUAGCUAUUAUGUGUAACAAGAUUUAAAGAAAGAAAAACAAUCUAAGUAAACCAUAUCAGAUACAAUUAUCUUUGAUCCUAAACAGCUGUUUUUCUUCUAGUAUUGUAAUCCUUUGUCCACAUGCAAGAACUUCCUAGACAAUACUAGAAUAUUCAGCUGUUACGGAAUGUGUUAUAUAUGUAUAAGCUAUGUAUCAUAUAUGCAACUAGAAUGUACACCUUUUCAGCCCCACAUUGAUUAUUUAAUGUGUUUUAUAAAAGCUUUUCACUAGAAGCUAAAUAAACGUCCAUAAACCAAAUAAAAAAUUAUUUCAGAGGGAAACAAGUAACAGGCCAAAACUGUAUGCUAGAAUGAUCUCAGGGGUUAAUCGUCACAUUUAUUUUUAUAGCAGGUAUAUCAAGUAUAAAUAAAUCCCAUUCCAAAAUAGUAACUGAUCAAAGUGGGGUUCACAUUAGGUUCUGCACACCCUUACCUGUAUAAUCUGAGUAGGUUUUGUGCACUGGCAUACUCUGCAAGACAGGCCUUGUUAUGAAACAUAGCUGUGAUUGUCAGUCUAAUCCCAAAACCCACCCAUGCUUUCAUGGAUGACAGCACACAGCUGUCUUCCUGAUGGAUGAAGUUCAGCUCCAUGCCGAAGGUCAGCAAACAGAAGCUUCUUAAGCCCCCAACUCUAAUUCAGUCCCUCAAAAUGGGGCUUAAAAGCAAGACAUCUGGUGCAGGGUCUUUCUUGAGGAAUUAGAGUCUCUGACCUGCGUUGCUUUCCUGUGUAGAUGUGAAUUUCACCCAUUAGAUACAGAAAGAGAAGAGAAGGUGCUGGAUAUCCUCUAGUUCCACUAAAAGUUAAGGGCACCUAAGACUGUUUACAGUUUGUGCUGCUGGACUCCACCAGACCUAAGUGGAAGAUGAAUAUACAUGCCAGUGUAAGCAGGCAGAGGAAACAGCAGCACUGAAGGAAGAGAGUUUGAAAACGUGCCACCAGGUGGGAGUAUUGCACAAAAAUUCAUGCAGAAUACAGUUGCAGUAAUUGUUAGCCAUGACUGGUCUGGAUUAUAAUCAGGAUUCAAGUUUAUUUCUGUAUCUUUUUUUAUUCUCUACGACAGGUACACAUACACAAACAGCCUGAACCAGGCUACUAUCACUAUAAAACUCUCCAGGAUUAUUUUAUUCUUCUGUUAGGUAAUGACAUAUAUGCUUUUUAGGUUCUCGGUUGCAGGAGGCCCAUUUUUGCUAGUCAAAUAUUCAGGCUCACCAAAAGCCAUGAGGAAGGACUAGCAGAUUUUUAGUGUUUCAGUUCUGUUGGGAAACUAACUGUCAGUUCAGCAACUGGCAAGUGGUGUAGCAUGAUGUGGCUUGACAGCACUUUUCCUUGUAUAUUUGUGAGUGAAAAUGCUUUCAGUGAAAUUUUAUUUCUAUUUUUAUAUUUUUAGUACUGUAUGAAUAUUAAGCACUACACAUUAUACUUCUGUGCUUGCUUGCUUAUUGAAUAAAAGAUGUGUUCCAUG